UUGAUUUUGCGCGUUCUGGGGCUAACAGCGCCCUGCUGGGAAUCACGUGGCUUUGCCCGGGCCAAUCAAACGUGCGAAUCCAGUCUGCGCUUUCUUGCUGAGCGCGGGGAGGACAGCACUCGUGUCACCGUCACAGCCACAUUCACCGGGAGAAUCCUACAUUUCUACAAAAAUGUCAGACGAGAAGCCAAAGGAGGGCGUGAAGACUGAAAAUGACCACAUCAACUUGAAAGUGGCGGGUCAGGAUGGAUCUGUGGUCCAGUUCAAAAUUAAAAGGCAUACCCCCCUCAGCAAACUGAUGAAGGCCUACUGCGAAAGACAGGGUUUAUCCAUAAGGCAAAUUAGGUUCAGGUUUGAUGGUCAGCCAAUCAAUGAGACGGACACACCUGCACAGCUGGAAAUGGAAGAUGAGGACACUAUCGAUGUAUUCCAGCAGCAGACGGGAGGAACCUGCUAAAGAUGAAGCACAUGUGGAUGAAGCUUGUUUAUUUGUGCUCAUCUUCACUUCCACUGCAGUUCAGGGCUGAAAUGGGAAAAGGUUCUAGAAAUCAAACCGGUUUAAGUUAAUAGCUCUUUUUUUUUUCUCUCUCUCUCUUUAAUCAUCCAAAGACCUCAUUUCCGUUUUUCCAAUGUUCUCCCUGAACUAAAUUGGAAAUGACAGUUAGUAAUGUUGUUUUUCCCCCUUUUGGAGAUUGUAUGCCUGUUGUAUGAGUUUUUGUAUUAUGUAUGUAUAUUUGCACCUCCCCCAUCUAUUUUUAUAUACGAGGAGGGAAGCUUUGUGAAAGAGG